AUGGAAUCCUCACCAUCACAAGUUGGUCACGCAGAGAAAAUCAUCGUUCCUCCGUGUGAAACAAAUGAAGAAUGCAAUCUUCCCACUGAUAUUUCCAUCCGCUCAUCCGAUGGCCGACGAUUUGGAACUCAUUCCCGCAACCUGGAAUUUUGCAGCGAAGGAUUGAUUGAUUCAAGUCGGAGAGAAGAAGAAGACAUUGUCGUUUCUGAAUCGUCCGACAUCAUAUAUCUACUUCUUCAGUUUAUGCACAAUCUACCUCAACCAGACCUUCGAUCACUCCCGUUCGAAGUAUUGGCAACGCUCGCAUCCGCCGCACAAAAGUAUUCAAUACACAAUGCGAUCGGUGUUUGCAAACUGUUGAUGGAGAAGAACGCCGAAGAACAUCCAUUUGAAGUGUACAUGUACGCGUCAAGGGCAGGGUAUGAGGAUAUUCGAGAGAAAGCCGGGUGCCUUGCCAUAGAACAGGAUCCUCUACGGGUGUUCUCGUACGCUGUUUGGGCGAAUGAGGUGUACACGAGAGACCAAGCGGCUCUGGCAACUGUUCAUCUGGACGCUGAAGAGAUUAUCUACUCGCUGAGUCGAUAUUACACUGUGUUCACCAAAUGGCAUAACAUAUUUGUGGCCUGGGUGAAAUUUCGAGAUCACAUCUACCACACCUUCACUGAGGUUUUGAGAAACCCCGAUUCUCAGAUGCGACAAGAACAUAUAUCCGGUGACUGCCCAAGAUGGAAUGAAUUCUACUGCAAGAUGUUGGUCAAGCUGAUGAACGAACGGCCGUGCUUGGAGGCUUUUGAGGACUGUGUCGAUGAGUACCGAUAUAUCGUGGAUGAUUGUGCAGCUUGUAACAAAGGGGUGGAGACAUGGAAAGUGCAGAUAGCAUCAGCGAUGUCAGGCGGAAACAUGUCCUUUAGUUCGUUUGUCAAGUCAUCGAGUAGUCGGGAUUGA